UCUAAAGGGCAGGUCACUUGUAGAAGGACAUUGAGGGUCUACUGAUCCCUCCAGAAGCUUGCUGUAUUUGUCAACAGCAGUGCAGUAUGGUAGAGAAAGGGUUAGUAGCAGCAGCACCAGCGCAGCAUCCUUUGCUCCCUCCCUCCUCAGCUAGCAGAGAAUCAGAGUCACCGAGAGAGAGGAGGACAGAGUACACAGCAGAUCCAAGCAUCCAGGUAUGUGACGGGGACCCGUGCACAGAAAACAAUUAUAUAAUUUGCUUGCUUGUGGAAGCCUGAAGUGACUAUCCCUGUUUGGUCCAAAGACCAAUCUGUAACAAAAAAAAAACAUGAGGCAUGAACACAGAAGAUGUAGAAGUUGAGGCCACUUCACAUAUCAGACAACACCCCAAAUUUGCUUAAUGGACAAUGGCUUUUCCCAGAAUCCUUUGGAGGCAAGAGUAGCAAAGAUCAGAAAUGGAGUGUCUGCAUGAGUUACAACAUCCUUUACUGGACAGGUCUGUGGGAUCAGGCAUGCUGACCCCCCUCCUCUCCAAAGACAGUGGAGGUGGAGGAUUCAUUUGGAAAUGUCUCCCACACCGUUCCCAGCAGGGAGCAGAACUCAGCCAACAGUUCCUGGACCCAGGAAGCCUGCGCAGGACUGUGGAUUCUGGGAGUGGGAGUUUUGCAGAUGUGGCUUUCUGGAGAUCAGCAGAUCCCAGAGUGUGGAGGGGAAAGGACUAUUCAGAGACCACCUUUGUGGACCCCCAGCGAAGCCCUGAUAUGUGUAAGAAGUUACUGUUUACUCCGGAGAAGGACAUUCACACUGUAUCAUGUGACGUGAAGGAGGACGAUGUGCUGGACCUGGAAAAUGAUUCCUCCAGUGACAGUGACACAGACAGCGAGAGUCACUUUUCCCUGCUCUUCCCCCAGGAUUACUUGGGCCUAGCCGUAUUCUCUAUGCUUUGCUGUUUCUGGCCUCUGGGCAUUGCCGCAUUCUUCCUGUCACAAAAGACCAACAAAGCUUCUGCUCAAGGCGACUACCAUGGGGCAAUUGUGGCCUCCCGACAGACAUUCCUGUUGGCGGUUCUCUCGAUCUUCCUGGGCAUUUGCACCUAUGUGGGUGCUGUGGUGGCCCUCAUUGCCUAUCUGUCCAAUAGAGCCCCCACCUAGAGGACCAACUGCUGGCCUGGACAACCAGACUUCUCUUGUCAUAACUAGAGUCCUCCUGUCUGCUGGUCUCCUGUCUUAACCAGAAAACAACAAUGAUAAAGACACAUUGGAGGUCCACUUUUUUUUUGUUUGUUUACUUUAUUCAGACGUGAAAGAAAUCUGAAGUGUCCGGAUGCAUCUCAUACUCCAGCCAGGUCCAUGUGGAAGAACUUUGGGGCAUUGUGAAAU